AUGGUGGUGGAGUUGAAGCUACCAGCAUGGGCUUUGCGCAACACUUUUAGGGGAAUUCCUUAUCAGAGGACAUGCGAUCACAUGGAAAAUAUUUAUGGUUAUUUAAUGAAAUACACCAAUCUUGUCACUGGCUGGCAAUAUCGGUUUUUUGUUUUAAACAAUGAAGUUGGCUUCCUGGAGUAUUUUGUGAAUGAGCAGUCUAGAAAUCAGAAGCCCAGAGGUACCUUACAGCUAGCUGGAGCUGUAAUUUCACCCAGCGAUGAAGACUGUCAUACCUUCACAGUUAAUGCUGCCAGUGGAGAGCAGUAUAAGCUAAGAGCCGCUGAUGCAAAAGAACGGCAGCAUUGGGUUAGCAGACUCCAGAUAUGCACGCAGCAUCACACGGAAGCAAUUGGGAAGAACAAUCCUCCUCUGAAAUCUCGCAGCUUCUCCCUUGCAUCCCAAGGAAGUGGCAACUCUCCUGGUGCUCAGAGAAGACCCAGCCAAAAUGCAGCUUCUUUUUUUAAUGUUGGACAUCACAAAUUGUCAACAGGAAAAAGAGUUCUUAUUAUGCAACCAGACCACCUAGUGGACGUUAGAGAGAUGAUGUUCCAGGCAGAGAGCCAGCAGAGAGACUUAAUCAGAAGCAUAGAAUGCCUCCCUGUCUCUGGUCACCUCACCUCCUUGGAUCAAGACCUCCUAAUGCUCAAAGCAACUUCCAUGGCAACUAUGAAUUGCUUAAAUGAUUGCUUCCAUAUUCUCCAGCUACAGCAUGCUUCACAGCAAAAGGGAUCCUUACCAGCAGGGACAACAAUAAAUUGGUUGGAACCAAAGGUAUCUGUGUCAAACCACUUCAAAAAUGGAGCGGCUCCGAAUUUCUCAGAGGAACUAAACAAGCCAGUGUCUACCAGAGAGGAGCAGCCGAUUUCGGAGCCCUGCCAGCUAACCAGGGAACCAGAAGAAAUAAACCCAGAUGAAGAGCUGGAGGAUACAUGUGACAAUAAAGAGGACGACCUUGGAGCAGUGGAAGAACAGCGCAGUGUGAUCUUGCAUCUCUUGUCUCAGUUGAAACUUGGCAUGGAUUUAACAAGAGUGGUCCUUCCUACUUUUAUUCUAGAGAAACGUUCUUUGCUGGAGAUGUAUGCAGAUUUCAUGUCCCAUCCAGACCUCUUCGUCGCAAUCACAAAUGGAGUUACUGCUGAGGAGAGGAUGAUCCGCUUUGUUGAAUAUUAUCUCACUUCAUUUUACGAAGGUCGCAAGGGAGCUAUCGCUAAGAAACCCUAUAAUCCCAUCAUCGGCGAAACAUUCCACUGCUCCUGGAGGCUGGCAAAGGACAACGUAGUAUCCGACACCAAUAGUGACUCUUCAUCCCAUUCCCCUGCUGAGCAAGCAGGUCUUUCAAAAGAGCUGGAUGGCCAACUGGAACCGGACUACUACACAGUCAGAUUUGUAGCUGAGCAAGUCUCCCAUCAUCCUCCUGUCUCAGGGUUUUAUGCUGAAUGCGUAGAGAGGAAGAUGUGUGUCAAUGCUCAUGUCUGGACAAAAAGUAAAUUCUUAGGAAUGUCGAUAGGAGUAACGAUGGUUGGUGAAGGUCUCUUAAGUCUCCUGGAACAUGGAGAGGAGUACACGUUUUCUCUACCUUGCGCAUACGCUCGAUCAAUUUUAACAGUUCCUUGGGUAGAAUUGGGAGGAAAGGUCAAUAUUAACUGUGCGAAGACAGGGUAUUCUGCAAGCAUUACUUUCCAUACCAAACCGUUCUACGGCGGCAAACUUCAUCGAGUCACUGGGGAAGUAAAGCAAAAUGCCACCAACACGGUGGUCUGCAGAGUGCAAGGCGAAUGGAACAGCCUGCUGGAAUUCACCUACGGCAACGGCGAGAUCAAAUAUGUGGACUUGACGAAGCUGUCGGUGACAAGGAAGCGAGUCCGACCCCUGGAGAAGCAAGGGCCAUUUGAGUCUAGGCGACUAUGGCAACAUGUAACAGAGUCUCUGAGGGAUGGAGACAUCGAUAAAGCAACAGAGCAUAAACGAGCCCUAGAGGAACGGCAGAGAAAUGAAGAGAGAAUUCGUGUGGAAACAGAAACUCCGUGGUGCACUAAGUACUUUCUUAAAGAAGGAGAUGGCUGGAUUUAUUACAAACCCCUUUGGAAAAGUGGCCCUGCCAUCCAAACUCAGCAAAUGGACUAGAUCAGACUCUUCAAGAUGAGUUUUCCUGUUUAUCUAAGGUUUCUCUCCUUCUCAAACCACAGUAAAUACACACUGAGUGUCCUGCUUUUUAUAAUUGCACAAAUUCAAGUGAACGGAAAGGAAUAAAAAUGCUAGGGCACUUUAAAGUUA